AUGUCGGGCUCCCAGCGCUACAUACGCUACAUUAUCUUUGCUGUUUUUGUACGCUCUGAUCGUCUUCUACUUCAUCAGCUCCUCCUCAGUGCCGACUGCGAGCUGGCCGCAUCUACAAGAUGCCAUCACGCCAGCACACCCAAUGCCGCCAUCACGGUGACUCGCCAGUCGCGCCAGUCACGCCAGUCACGCCAGCUCACGCCAACCACGCCAAACGAAAAAGCACCCCUCGCCGAGACCAUGCCCGGCGCUCGCAUGAACGCUACCUUCGUCACUCUCGCCCGCAAUUCCGACGUCUGGGAGAUUGCCAAGUCUAUUCGCCACGUCGAGGACCGCUUCAACCGCAAGUUCAACUACGACUGGGUGUUCCUGAACGACGACGAGUUCGACGACGAAUUCAAGAGGGUUACAACCGCGCUCGUGUCCGGAAAGACCAAGUACGGCAAGAUUCCAAAGGAGCACUGGUCGUUCCCCGAAUGGAUUGACCAGGACAGGGCCGCCAGGGUCCGCGAGGAGAUGAAGGAGAAGAAGAUCAUCUACGGCGACUCCGUCAGCUACAGGCACAUGUGCCGUUAUGAAUCCGGCUUCUUCUUCCGCCACCCCUUGAUGCUCGACUAUGAGUGGUACUGGCGCGUGGAGCCCAGCAUCGAGCUGUACUGCGACAUCAACUACGACACGUUCAAGUUCAUGGCCGACAACAAGAAGAAGUACAGCUUCACCCUCAGCUUGUACGAAUACGUUGAGACGAUUCCAACGCUCUGGGACGCCACCAAGAAUUUCACCAAGCACUAUCCUCAGCACAUCGCCAAGGACAACUCGAUGAAGUUCCUCAGUGACGACGGUGGCGAGACCUACAACAAAUGCCAUUUCUGGUCCAAUUUCGAGAUUGGCAACCUGAACUGGCUGCGAUCUGAUGCCUACGUUGACUUCUUUACCUCCCUUGACCAUGCGGGUGGUUUCUUCUACGAGCGCUGGGGCGAUGCUCCGGUCCACUCCAUCGCCGCUGGCCUUAUGUUGCAAAAGGACGAGCUUCACUUCUUUAACGAUAUUGCCUACUACCACGUCCCCUUCACGCACUGCCCAACUGGCGAGCAAUACCGCCUCGACCACAAGUGCUCGUGCAACCCCAAGGACAACUUUGACUGGAACGGUUACAGCUGCACGGCGCGCUUCUACGAAAUCAACGACAUGACCAAACCUGCAGGGUACGAAAAGGAGCAAUAA